AUGAAGCAAAUCGAAGCCCUUCUCCUCAACAACGAGGGACAUCCCAUCUCGACCAAACUGUGGACAAGAAAAGUCCUCACUGGUCCACUCCAAACGAUCAAGUUCCAACACACACUGAUCGAAGGUGUAAAUCCCUCUUCUCAGUCCACAAAAAUCACUCCUCAGAUUCUCAUAGGAUCCGAUCUUAUGUGGCAAAAUCUCAUAGAGAUCCAGCAAAUCUCUGAAAACUAUACUCUUGUCAAAACCAAGAUCGGCAACUUCCUCACGGGAAAAGCCAGACCAGAACUUACUCGCAACAAUUUCUCUAUAAUCUCAGGAGACUCAACGAUCAAGAUUACCAAAUGGAACAAAUCCUUUGUCGAAGAGCACGAAGAUUAUUCCGGAACAGAGAAAAUCGAGAAAGAACAACGAGACCAAAGAAUUCGAGCCGAGUUCCUCGAACAAAUCGAAACUAGAGACGAUGGGUACUACGUAGCCUUUCCCUGGAAAGACAACAUCAAAGAACUACCAGACAACAUCUCACUAGCACAACGAAGAUUCGUUAGCUUGGUAAUGAGUCUCUCCAAGAAACCGACAUUUUUACAAGAAUAUCACAGCAUCCUAGCUGACCAACUGCAGAAAGGAGUCAUCGAAGACGCCUCCACUCCAUACCCAAACGCCAGAACCAUUCAUUACAUCGCGCACCAAGCAGUAGUCACUCCGCAGAAAGACACUACUAAGCUACGGAUCGUCUAUGACGCUUCUGGCCACUACCAGAACAAGCCAAGUCUGAACGAUACCAUACACCAAGGACCUCUCAUGCUACCCUCCCUAACAGGCAUGCAUCUUCGAUUUCGAACAGGCAAAUACGCAUUCAUAGCAGAUGUGAAAAAAGCCUUCCUUCAAAUCAGACUGCUAGAAAGCGAGAGAGACGCGACUAGGUUCUUCUGGCUCAAAGACAUAUCAAAGCCACUCACUCCAGAUAACAUCACCACGUACCGGUUCACAAGAGUUCCGUUCGGAAUAAAUGCAUCUCCCUUCCUACUAGGGGCAACCAUGCAUUACCAUUUCCAACAACAGGACAACGAACUAGCCUCAUUACUCCACCAAAAUCUUUACGUGGAUAACGUCCUACUGUCCACUAACGACGAACCCAAGUUGUUAGGCUGGCAAGAAGACUCGAAAAAGAUGUUUCAAGACAUGAACAUGGAACUAAGAGAGUUCACAUCCAACUCAACUCGUUUCAAAAACAUGCUAUCUGACGAAGAACGCAAUACCUCACAUACCCCCAAGGUAUUAGGUAUUACAUGGGACACACGCACAGACCAUUGGGCUUAUAGAGUAAAAGCUCCCGAUGCUAAAUACACCAAACGAGGUAUAUCACAAGCUAUCGCAAGCAUCUACGACCCAAUGGGAUGGGUUUGUCCAUUACUACUACCACUCAGACUAUUUCUGCAACGUCUCUGGGACGAAAUGCUUGACUGGGACACUCCACUGCCAGACAAACUAACAUAUGAAUGGGAAAAUCUAGCACGACAGGUAACCUUAUCUAAGAACAUACCUCGAGCGAUACGACCCUCACCCAACAACGAAUACCUCCUAGUUACUUGCACAGACUCAAGUAGCACGUCUGUAGGUAUAGCGAUAUACAUUGUUCCCGAAAAUCAGUCCAGUGCCACGCUACUGUUCGCGAAAAGCAAACUACACUCACGCUCCACAAGCAUCACAAUUCCCAAAGCGGAAUUUUCAGCUUUAAGCAAAGGUGUCACUAACACACUCAACACCUUACGCGAGCUAAGGAACAGUGUUAGCAUAAAAAAGGUUGUUUUUCUAUCCGAUUCCGAGAUCGCAUUAGCAUGGAUCAAAACAAAACCUGAAAGAAAAACAACUGGGACAUUCGUAUACAACCGCAUCAAACAGAUACUAGCAGAAUCUGACCUCAUCCGCGAACAAGGCGCCACACCAUACUUCGGCUACAUCAACACCAAAGAUAACCCGGCAGAUAUCGCCACUCGCGGAGCCACAGGUGAAACGCUUGAGAAACACAUCUGGUGGAACCCAAUUCUGGAAAUCAUUCCUGCGAUUAACUCUACUACUCUAAUCACACCAGAAAGCCCUUCAGAUGAUCCACCAGAAGUACAAGUCAACGUCGUAACCAAGCACACCUCUUACGAAGAAGUAUGGUUACAGAACUGUAAAACCUGGGACGAAGCUUUAGACCUGUGGAUAUCAGAGAAUAAUCCGAUCGACACUCUACCAACAGCUAAACUCUAUGCACAAGCUGAGCAAGCUCUCCUCAUCCGUCAUCAAACAGACAUACUAGACCGACUUACAGCUUCCCAACGCUUAGAUCUCAGACCCGAACUCAAGGGUAAACUCUGGGUCAGCAAAGGAAGACUGUCAAAAGCCGAACUUCCGGAAGACGCAAUAACACCAAUCAUCAUACUUCCGAAAACCCCCACAGCACGUCUAUUAAUCUCAAAAGCCCAUGACGAGUACCACAAAAGUGUCGCUCACACUAUGGCCGACAUACGCCAGCGAUUCUGGAUCCCACAGUUACGAUCUCAAGUAACAUCGAUCACCAGACAAUGCGUAGAAUGUCAGAGAUUCAACAACAGACCUUUCGAGUACCCUCCAUCAGGACAACUCCCAGGUCGACGCAUCGCACAAUGCAAACCAUUCCAACAUGUAGGAUUAGACUACUUCGGUCCACUCAAGACGACCGACCAAGGUAACGUCUACGGCUGCAUCUAUACAUGCACUGUCACACGACUAAUCCACCUUGAAGUCAUCUCAGACCUCACAGUAAUAUCCUUCAUCAACUGCCUACGCAGCAUUUGGAGCAGACGCGGGUUUCCAGAAACCAUAACAAGCGAUAACGCCUCCACCUUUGAGCUCGGACAGAAAAUAUCCGAUAAAAUAAUAUGGCUCGAAGACCAAACCGAGCUUCAUAACGCUCUAGCUCGCAGAAGGAUCACUUGGUACAGAAUCACUCCAUACGCCCCCUGGCAAGGAGGAUUCUACGAGAGACUAAUCCGUUCAACAAAACAAGCGAUGUACAAAACACUCCAAGGCAUCCCAAAAAGAGAAGAACUCGUAGUCAUACUCCAUGAAUGCGAAGCCACUAUCAACUCACGACCCCUAACCUUCGUAGCAACCGACAGUGGCUUCCAUGAAAUACUUCGUCCAACUGACUUCAUAUACAAAAAUCUGAAUGUCACCUUUGAAAUCGAAUCAGACAACGACGAUGAAGAGUACUGCGGCUGA